UCCGAACGUGCCAGGGGCGCCCGCGGCGCCGGGCCUCGGGCGGGGAGACCGCCCCGGCCUCGCGGUUGCAUUUGUGGUUUACUUUCGUCUUUCGGAGCCCGGGGAAAUAAUCACGGAGAUGCUAGGCGCUGCUACGAAAUGCUUCCAUUAGCUCCCUCCUUUCGCCCCUGGAGAUCUGAGCGAGACCCCGGGAACCCGGCCCACGGCGUCCCCAGCCCCUCACUGGCCCCCGCGGCCUCAGGGAGCCCGGGGCCCGCCCGCUGGGUGCGCCCAGAACCCUUCGAUCUGGGGUCCGGCUGGCUCGAGGAACAGGAGCACCCCGUUCUGAAGAUUCUCCAGGCUGGAUGCGUGAACAAACCAAAUAGCAAAUGAAUGACACGAAAACCAUUUUUACACGAAAGAAAAAUCGACCCCGGCUACAGAAGCGUGUGGGAUCUGACCUCGCCUCGGAGAAACACUGCACAAAAGCUAUCUUUAACAGACGCCUGUCAUUUAAGAGCGGCAGGGACCCUGUCCCUCAUGCGCUCUCAAAAAACAGAGCCGUAAUUGUAGCUGCUGCUGCGGGCAGGAUUUAUUUCUCCAAUCGGCUACAUGGCCUCCCCCACUCCCUUCCCAGAAGGUGAUAUCUGCAUUUUCCCAAAUCCAGAGCUGCCGGCAGGACGGGCAGAGCCGACCCCAACCUCGAUACAAACAUACGAGGGGCUGCAGAGCGGGCGAAAUAAAGUUGCUGUAAAUAAAACCCGAGUCGCCACCUCCCCCCCCACCCCGGUCCUCUGCAUCCUCGCCGGGCGCGCGAUCGGCAGCUGACGGCCUCACAAUUGGUACAUCCUAAUGGAACUGCGAGGGAAAUGCAAUAAUUUUGCCAUAAUGGGCUGUAACCUCAAUUCGACCCCGGCCCUCGCGGCCCGGGGUCGGAAGCGGAGCGAUGCGCCCGGCCUCCAGCGGGUGGCGCUCGAGUCCGACUGAACGGCGGCGGCGGGCAGCGGGCACGCGCCCGGGGCGCGCGCGCCACCCCUCUCGCCUCCACCCAAUUCGCCCAUUAGUGCACGAGUUUACCUCUAGAGGUCAUCAGGCAGGAUUUACGACUGGACAACAAAAGCACGUGAUUCGAAGUCGUACCCCAUAUUUGGGUGCCUACGUAGGAGGGAACCAAGUACAUGUCCCAGUCAUUUCCAUAAUUCAUCAUAAAUUGUGCAAGGGUGCUAUAGACGCACAAACGACCGCGAGCCACAAAUCAAGCACACAUAUCAAAAAACAAAUGAGCUCUUAUUUUGUAAACUCAUUUUGCGGUCGCUAUCCAAAUGGCCCGGACUACCAGUUGCAUAAUUAUGGAGAUCAUAGUUCCGUGAGCGAGCAAUUCAGGGACUCGGCGAGCAUGCACUCCGGCAGGUACGGCUACGGCUACAAUGGCAUGGAUCUCAGCGUCGGCCGCUCGGGCUCAGGCCACUUUGGCUCCGGGGAGCGCGCCCGCAGCUACGCGGCCGGCGCCAGCGCGGCGCCCGCCGAGCCCAGGUACAGCCAGCCGGCCGCGUCCACGCACUCGCCUCCGCCCGACCCGCUGCCCUGCUCCGCCGUGGCCCCCUCGCCGGGCAGCGACAGCCAUCACGGCGGGAAAAACUCCCUGGGAAACUCCAGCGGCGCCUCGGCCAACGCCGGCAGCACCCACAUCAGCAGCAGAGAGGGGGUUGGCACGGCGUCCGGAACCGAGGAGGACGCCCCUGCCAGCAGCGAGCAGGCGAGCGCGCAGAGCGAGCCGAGCCCGGCGCCGCCCGCGCAGCCCCAGAUCUACCCCUGGAUGCGCAAGCUGCACAUAAGUCAUGACAACAUAGGCGGCCCGGAAGGCAAAAGGGCCCGGACGGCCUACACGCGCUACCAGACGCUGGAGCUGGAGAAGGAGUUCCACUUCAACCGCUACCUGACCCGCCGCAGGAGGAUUGAGAUAGCACAUGCUCUUUGCCUCUCCGAGAGACAGAUUAAAAUCUGGUUCCAAAACCGGAGAAUGAAGUGGAAAAAAGAUAAUAAGCUGAAAAGCAUGAGCAUGGCGGCGGCGGGGGGCGCCUUCCGCCCCUGAGUCUUUGCGCCUCGCGAGUACUGCGCAGUAUUAGCGGAUCCCGCGUAGUGUCAGUACUAAGGUGACUUUCGGAAACUCCCUUGUGUUCCUUCUGUGAAGAGGCCCUGUUCUCGUUGCCCUGAUUCAUCUUUUAAUCAUGAGCCUGUUUAUUGCCAUUUAUAGCGCCUGUAUAAGUAGAUCUGCUUUCUCUUCACCUCUUUGUCCUGAAUGGCUUUGUCUUGAAAAAAAAAAAAUAGAUGUUUUAACUUAUUUAUAUGAAGCAAGCUGUGUUACUUGAAGUAACUAUAACAAAAAAGAAAAGCGAAAAAAACACACAAAAAAGUCCCCCUUCGACCUCGUUUAGUGCCAAUGUUGUGUGUUGCACUCAAGUUGUUUAACUGUGCAUGUGCGUGCAAGUGUUCCUGUCUCAAUAGCUCCAAGCUGUUUAAAGAUAUUUUUAUUCAGACUACCUAUAUUCCUUGUGUAAUUAUUGCUGUUAUAGAGGUGACUUGAUGAGACACAACUUAACUUGUUCGACGUGUAGUGCUAGUAACUGUGACAGAAACUGUGACUCCAAGCGGUGUGUCCCUGCGUGCCUUGUAGGACCCUUUGCACGGACUCUGGAAGUGGCUCUUAUAAGCGCAGCUUCAGUGAUGUAUGUUUUUGUGAACAAAAUUACAAAUAUUGUCCAAGUCUGGCUGUUAAGCAAACUGUGAUCAGCUUUUUUUUUUUUUUUUUUUUUUGGUAUUUGUUUUUAAUGAAAAAAAAAAUACUGACUGGAAACAAAAAAAAAAUAAACUUUCUAUUGUAAGUUCUCUUGGUCUGAUUUGUGCCAAAUAGCGAGCGACUUUUUCUGCUUCUCUGUCUGUCUGUCCAGUCCUGGCAGCUGGUGAGUCUGAGGCCACCUGAGCAGCCCGCCUGUGCCUGGGGACCUCAGACCAGCACCCCAACCCGCCGCCUCCCUACCUCUGGCCCCACCAGAACGGUCCCUCCGGGCAGAGGGUGGAAGAGCUGUAGGCAGUUCCAAAGCCUGAGUCCACCCUGCCCACCUCUGAGGAAAGGAAGUGCACUUACUGGGGACAAAAUAAAGGAAGGAAGAGAGAGAAAGGACAAGGAAGAGCUCCU